AUGAGAAAGAUUUUCAAACGGAAUACAACUAAGCACGAUGAGCAUCACAACGCUUUCGUUGUGUCCUUUAAUGCCAUGAAGCCUUUAUGGCUUCAAGAGCAAAGAAAAGGUUUGCAUCUUUCUGCUGACGAGCAGAAUGCAAUUCUUAGCAACCAACGUAGCGCCCUAGAGCAAAUGAUCCGCUCCAAUGGAUUAGACAUGUCUCAUUACUCUAGCUAUUACCCGCUACCUUUAUUGAAAGAAAGUGACCUCAAUCUCCAGCUUCUUCCUCACGAGAAAGAACUAGACGAUACUUUCUGUAGAGAGAUAGGUAAAAUAGUUCCUUAUCUCACCAACUCCACCAUACAAGGUGUAGAGUCUUACGUACGUGCGCUGGAUACAGCAAUGCUGUUCAUAGCUAAAAAUAACUCUAGAAAAGCCAUUCUAGAUAAAUUAGCUGUACACUACAUCCCGGCCUUUCUUUCUAAAGAGAACGGCCUGAUAAAAACCUAUUACGAAACUAGUCUUAACUCCACCAACCUUACAGCAUUAACUUCGCUAAUAGGCACUUUUCGCACGAUAAUUCAAUUGAUGGAAGAUGACGGCCAUAGGGCCAACAUAGGCACAUCUCCAUCACCCCCACAGCAGAAUAACUUCCUCAUAGGUGGUUAUUCUACGCGCUUUGAGAAUUACGUUUUACGUAUUGACGGAAUCCGCAUGGAUUCCAUGGAGAUGAAUAACAAUCAUGAGUUAUGGGCAUUGCACAUAAAUAAAAGUAUAUAA